AUGGAAGAAACAAAGAAGACUCGUGUCCGGAUGGUCAAAAGCAGGCAAAAACCAGUGAAGACCCAAUGGAAUGCCCAGUGCGUCCUUCUCACCUACUUCCAAGGGGACAUCAGCAGUGUGGUGGACGAGCAUUUCUCCAGAGCUCUGAGCAAGUUCAAGAGGCCACAGGGAUGGAGUUCCUCCAGACAUGGUGAAAACGUGAUCCUCAGGAAUGAUAGCAGCAUGCCUCCGAAUCAGUGGCGUCUCACGUCUUCCUGGGCAAAGCCACGGCCGGAAGCAUCGCUUGCAAAUGGCGCCAGCAGCAGCAGCAGCAGCUUGAAUGAAUGUGGUCCUAAGGCUCUAGCCCAGAAUCCGCUGUCUGUUCCCAAGACCCCCUCUGCACAUCCUCAACCGAUGUGGCAUUUUCCCUCCCUAGCGAGGCCAGACUUCCUAGAGCCUACCUACUUUCGUAUGUUCCCCGACAGGCAUCCGGCUCCCGAGGUCUACCCUGACAGGAGACGCGGGUCCUUUCUACAUUUUCUCCAGCAGGAUAGAUACCUAAAUCGUCCUCUGGAACCUGCCGCCAGGGAGAACUGCAACCCGGCCAAGACAGCUGGAAGCUCGGGUCUGCACGGGAACCUGCCUCCAAAAUCAGAGCACUAUAAGAAAAUCUAUGGCCAUGAAUCUGCCAGCCCCAGUCUUGGCAAUGAAAGAAGUCAGUCUCCAGAGAGAAGAAGAGAUCUCUACUUUUAUUAGCCUCGGUGGGAAGAACAGAAUUCCUUUUUGCUCAGCAUGAUCAUGCUUUUCUACUGUGGAUCCAGAAGCCCUAAAGAAUUUACCUGUCGCUCUCUGUCCCCGCUACUAAGAAAUAUCCCAUCAGGCACAAGUUGCUGCCCUUUUUCAGUUUUGCUCUCCUUUUCCUUAGCAACUGUGCCCGAUGGCAGGGGUUUUCAAACAUAAGCAAAUCCUCAGCCCAUAAAAUGUCCCAAAGAGCUGUUGUGGGGUGGAAUGCACAGAGAUCCACCUGCUGACCGUUGUUCCGCCUCACUGUGUCCUCUGUUCUCUCCCUUAGAAGCUAUGAGCUCUCAGCUUUGCAAGCAGUGUCCUUAAACCAGACCUGAGCUCAUGGGAUUUUAUGAGGCUGUUUGGCUUUUCUGACUAAAUCAAGAGAUCAAAACAACUCAAAAAAGUUCCAGGUUAAACCAGACUGCAGCCAACCUCACUCCAGCCUCAGAGAAAAGCCAAAUAAAAAUGAUAAGCAAAAGGCUCCCCUCCCCAUCAGGGAACUGGUUGAGGCUGCUGACUUCCUCCUUCUUCAACGUCUGGACUCCAGACUUUAGGGAGAAGCUGAAAAACCUCCAUUUGGACCUCCUCAUUAAAAUAUUUGCUUAGAAAAUUUAGUUCUUCAGUUCCAGAUAGCUGAUUUUCAGGGGCGUUGUGGAGAAAUCUGAGAUGGAGAUUGAACCAAGUCCCCAUUCCAGCAUGGGCCCUGCUGCUGGAGCAGAACUUAUUCUAGAAGAUUCAAGCCUUUUCUUGGUUGCACUUCCAUGAGUUUCUGCAAUGCCUUGCUCUGAAGAUGAGGAUCAUGACAUCUAGCACCCAAUAGGUGCAAAAUUGGACUUUUGGGGUCCUUGCAGCAUCCUCAAGGAGCCUAACUAGCCUAUACAAACCAUGUACGCCCAUCUCGAAGCUCAGGGUUAGCAAUAUCUGGGUGAGAGUGACUUUCUUUUAAGUACUGAAAUGUUAGGGUCAUCCAUGCAGAUGCCCACAGUUGCUUUUGUUAAGUUGGAGGGACAAGGUGAGGUUUACUUUAUCGCCCCAGUCUGGUAGAUGGAUCAUAUUUGUGUGACCUGGCUACUUGUCACGUGAUGACCCCGGAAGCCCCUGCCAUCAGUGUUCCCUACCCAUG